AUGAGGUCAACAAUUAAUCACGAAGGCAAUGUCAAGGCCUAUGAAGAAGAGAGAGAAGUUAUCGUGGUUCCAAGUAAAAAUCUGCACUUGGAUAAAGGAAGAGAGAGAGAGAAGAGAAGGCAGUUUGAGUUAAACACCGAGUCGUUAAAUAAAGGUGUCCAUGUCAAACAACCCGAGGUUGCUAAAGCUGAGCAUGCAGUUCCAAUAAUCAAAGAAGCCUCCCGGGUGCCUGUGCAAACCCAUAGCUCAGUUGGGUCUACCGGUAUUAGUGAUGAAGCUACCUGCGCGCCGCGUGAGAAGAGUCUCCGCCAGUAUAUCGAUAUUGAGGAUAACAGUUCCUCCAGUGAAGAAUCGUCCUUGUCGUCCGACGAUUACAACAACAUUGACAACAACAUUGACAACAACAUCGACAACAACAUUGACAACAACAUCGACAACAACAUCGACAACAACAUUGACAACAACAAUAACAACAAAGAUAUGUCAAUGCCCACUUUUGAUCAAAACAUUGAAGACGCUUCUGAAAUUGAUUUAGCCGAGCAGAUGCGCAAACUAGAUGUCCAAACCACACCAAUCAUGGGACAUUCUACACCCCGCAAUGAGCUCUCGUUUGAUCAUUCAGUAGGGAUCGGCCGCCCUAUGCGUCAAAUCAACACUAUCGAACCAAUGGAAAUUUUACAACGUAUUCCAACAAAUUUUCAUAAACAACCUGUUCUUUCAGAUCUCAACUCUGUUAGUCCACAACAACACCCUGAAGAUUACAAUCUUGAUUCCGUCAGCAUGAGUGUUGACGAUGAGCUGUCCACAUCAGCUAAACCCCCUGAAGCUAAUAUUCUUGAUGCUUCUAUUACUCGUGACCCUAAUGAGAUGGAUAUAAGUAUGAAGUCCACCACCCUGGACUCUGAUGAGAUGGAAAUAAGUAUCAACGCUAUUCACAUUAACACCACCGAUGAUUACAUUGCAACAACACCUCCACACAACAACUUUACUGGUAAAUCAUUUAUUGCUGCUACCCAGGAAGACAUCAACACUAAAGAUCCUUUAGUGCUCAACAAAAUUAUUCUGCCCGCUUAUCUUCAAUUCCCAGAUCAACAAAUUUUUACCCCUGCCCUAGUGGAUUCUGGCGCUCCCGCACUUUUUGUCAAACUGGAAACAAUCCAAAAAGCCAAUCUGGAUCACCUCUGUCAACCUUGCAUCAAGCAACGGUUAGCCAACACUGCAAUUGGUCCUGAAACUUCACGUCUUACUCACAAAAUUUUGCUUACUAUUGUUAUUGGUGACAUUUCUGUUACUGAUAUGUUCUUUGUUGCUAGCGAACUUUAUCAUGAUGUUGUACUUGGUGUUCCUUUUAUCAAAAUUUUUUGGCAAUUCAUAGAUUGGGAGUCUAAUACUUUUAACAACAUUGAGUCUAUCACACCAUCCGAGCUUUAUGCCAACAAAGUUCAAUUCGGUCGUCUUGCAAAAUCUAGGGAUAAUUCCUUAGGUGUUUGUGUCAUCAGAAUGGAAAACGAACCUGGAGGGGAGGAAGGAGUAUUACCAAAACAAUUUUCGGAAUUUAGUGAUGUCGUAACAAACGACCCACCGGAUAAACUACCACCACAAAAAGAUAUCUCACAUCGAAUUGAUACCGUUCCCACAGCAAAAAUCCCAGCAAAGCCACCAUAUCGUCUUUCACAACAAGAAAAUAAAAUUCUUACAACAGAAAUCGAAAAACUCAUCAAAACUGAAUUUAUUCGCCCAUCGUCAUCACCUUACAGUGCUCCUGUUCUUUUUGUCAAAAAGAAAGAUGGUUCCAUGCGUAUGUGUAUCGACUACCGUAUGCUCAACAACAUUACCAUCAAGAACCGUUACCCAUUACCCAACAUUGAUGACAUUCUCAAUCAACUACAUGGUGCAAAGUUUUUCAGCAAACUUGAUCUUCGCUCUGGUUAUCAUCAAAUUCGUGUUUUUGAUGACCACAUUCAUAAGACCGCUUUUUCAACAAACAAUGGUCAUUGGGAAUUUUUAGUCAUGCCUUUUGGACUAACCAAUGCUCCUGCUACUUUUCAAAAUUACAUGAACGACAUUUUUCGUCCUUAUCUCAACCAAUUUGUCGUUGUUUACCUGGAUGAUAUUCUCAUUUAUUCUGAGUCUAGUGAAGAACAUGAGAAACAUGUCAGAAUUGUCCUAGAACUACUUCGAUCUAAUCAAUUAGUUGCUAGUUUAAAGAAGUGUGCCUUCUUUCGUGAAUCACUUGAGUUUCUUGGUUUUCAAUGUUGA